AUGGCGCCCCCUUUCAAAGCCGAACAUUUGGGCUCGCUUCUGAGACCGCAGAAGCUGCUCGACGUCCGCGAAGCCAUCCGAGAGAAGGGUGUCGCCCCCGAAGAUGCCGGUCUUGAUGCCGCGGAAAAAGAAGCUGUCAGCGCUGUAAUUCAGAUGCAACGUGAUCUUGGCUUGAAGGCUGUCACCGAUGGCGAAUACACACGAACUCGUUUCUGGGGAUUGUUCUGGGAUGAAAUUGAGGGUACGACUGCUCUUCAGGAGGCAUCUGCAGACAUGUUCCGUUUGUAUCACCCUGAUGUUGUAUCGCUCAUCGAGAAAGAUCGCCAUGUCAUGCCUGGCGACAGUGUUAUUGCCGGUGGAAAGCUGAGCCAUAACCCUGAAAAGAGUAAGAGUAACUUGCAUGAGUUGCAGCUCGCCCAGCAGUUUGUUCCCAAGGAGGAAUGGGGAAACAUCAAGAUGACCAUGAUUACCCCGGCUUGGUUCCACAUGCGUUACAAGCAAGGCAAGGCUUACACACCAGAGGCCUACGCCAACGAUGCCGAAUAUUUCAAGGAUGUCGCCAAGGUGUAUCAAGCAGAGCUUGAUUUGCUAUACAAGAAUGGCCUUCGUAACGUCCAGUUUGACGACCCGGGCCUUGCUUACUUCUGCUCGCAGAAGUUUCGCCAAGGCUGGGCUGAUGAUAAGGAUAACAUCGGAACUGUCGACGAACUGCUAGAUGCAUACAUCGCCCUAUACAAUGACAGCAUCUCCAAACUCCCGGCCGACUUCCACACAGGCGUUCAUUUAUGCCGAGGAAACUUCAUCGGGGGCAGGUUCUUUGCCGAGGGGGCUUACGACAUCAUCGCGCAAAAGUUAUUCCAGAAUCUUGACGUCAACACGUUUUAUCUCGAGUAUGACACAGAGCGUGCGGGUGGUUUUGAGCCUCUAAAGUAUCUCCCCAAGAACAAGAACGUCGUUGUUGGCGUUAUCAGCACCAAGCUCCGUCAACUCGAGGACAAGGAGGAAAUGAAAGCCCGCAUAUACAAGGCUGCUGAGUUCGUUGCUGAGGGCAGCGGCCAGACCAAGGAGGAGGCGCUGAAGCGCAUCAGUGUUAGCCCGCAGUGUGGUUUCAGCACCCACGAGAGCGGUUACCCUUUGAGUGAGGAUGACGAGAAGAAGAAGCUGUCGCUCGUGAGGCAGAUUGCCGACGAGAUCUGGGGUGAGCCUUAA